GCAACAACAACGACAACUACAACCACGCCUCAACCAACCCAACAUGCCAUGUAUGAAAUAGUAAUCAGUGGGAGUGGUAACUACGGGUUCAUGCGUGUCUCUGAGACGGAGUACGCCCUAAUCCCCUCUCUUCAAGUCGUCACAAUCAGCUCACAGACAGCGGAGGCUGAGGCUAUUUCAGGCGUUUGCGACACACCUGAAAACGUAGUAGACAACGAGGUCACAGGCGCCCAGUUUCUUUUGGAUCUGGGGCUGCAUGACCACAUCCCUUUCUUCGUCCUCAAGAACAAAGACGGACACUACUACUGCUUCCAAAGAUACAUAGGAGGUGUAGUCGGAGGUGCUAUGGCAGAUGCAGUCGAAUGGAGAAUCAAUAUGGAACAUUGCACUCUACCAAAUUUCUUUUUCUGCAUCGUUCCUGACGUUCCCGAUGCCACAACGGAAGCAGUUCACCAGACAUACCUCGAGUACUUUUCGUCCAUACCCGACCUGCACCAGUUCACUAGUAGUGGUGAGAAGUACGGAUUCGUGUACUUCGAAUAUGGGAAGUAUGGUCUUGUUCCUUCUCUGAAAGUGGCCACUUUCAUGGACAAGUCAGAUCCUGAUUGCGUGGAGCCUGUCACGAAUGUAUUCACCCACUCUGAGACGGGGGCCGAGCUGUUAGCUGAGAUGCGCCCCCUCCCCCACAUAGACACAGUUGUUCUGCAGAACUACAGGGGACAAUACACUUGCUGGACCAGAUCGACUUCUGAUGCCAAUUCAUGGACCGAAGAUGGCCAUGAAUGUCAGUACUGGAGCACUACCAAGCACACCCUGUGUGCCAUACAAUCUCCCAGUGCCUUUCAAACCACAGAACUGACGAACUACUUCGAAGAACUGAAGAUGUCACGUGUUCACGUCUCCUCACUUGAUUCGCCAUAUGGCUUCUAUCAUCACGGGGAUGGAGUUUAUACUAUGUACCCUCGUUUUAAAAUGACAGCUGUUACGACAGAAUCGGCGAGUGCUUGUCAGAAUGACUUGCUGAACAACAUUGAAGAUGGAAACAUGGGAAUAGAAUUGAUCAAUGCGAUGGCAAAGUUCGAUGAAUCCGCUAUGAUCAGUCUUUAUGAUUUCGAAGCACGUCAACACUGCUAUAGUUACGCGAAUUCGUUCACCUCAUGGAGUCUUCGAGAUAACUGUUUGCCUAAUGCGGGUCAAUCAGUUCAAUUCUUAUGCCCCCUGAGCCCAAUUCCCGACUCAGUUUUCCAAUCCGACUUCGAUGAAGCGAGAGAGAUUUACGAUGCUCACUUUGCUCCUAGUUUCAAAACUUACUUCGUCGGCCAAUCAGAUUUCAAAUAUGGAUUUGUAGUCGUGGAUCAUGUUGAAAAUGUGUUCAUGCUAUUGCCGAGUCGUAUAACGGUGCACGUUGAGGAAACUAAGUUGCAGCAAAUAAGUUGCGACAGUCCCUUCAACGUAGUAGACGGGGAUGAAACUGCAAUUGAGAUGCUUCAGUACUUCAUCAAAAAUAUAACCGACAGAGUAGACAACUUCGCCAUGAAGGACUUCGCUAAUGAGUGGAGGUGUUUCAAAUUCAACCAGCAACCGUUCGAAUGGUCUGCAAUUGAAUGCAACUUCAACGAAGGCACAAUUCUCUACCACAUUUUCUGUCCUUAUUCAGUCCAACCUGAAGUUAAGCAGUCUGCGUUGACUUCAUAUUUCAACGCCAUGCCCUUUAAUCCCGAUACAGACCUGUAUGAACUCUUGUAUCUGGACGGUUCGGCCGAAUUGGGGAUGAUGAAAGUUCCCAACUUUCAGUUUAUGAUGUUUCCAAUAAUGGAAUUUGUGCAAAUCUCUGGAGAUUCCAACCAACUCAACCAAGUUUCCUGCAACGCGCCAACGGGAGUGAUCGAAACAGCUGCCGAAGGACUUUCUUUGGUUCAUCAUCUCAACUUGGAUCCCGAUUUGACCCCCAAUAUCACAUUCCUCGAUAUUAGCCAAUCAUUUGUCUGUUUCAAAUAUGUCAGCGCAGCCAACCAAUGGAAUCAAGACACUCAGAACUGCGACGAGUUCAACUCAUUUUAUCAAUUAUGUUCAGCUUUUGUUUCUGAUGACGUAAUCGAAGCUUCCCGACUUUCAAUAGAAGAAGUCCGGCGCGAUAGAAAUGUCUCGAUUUUGGGGUAUGGAGAUGUAGUUGUUGGCGGGAUUACCGUUUUGACUUAUAAGGGAGGCAGAUUGUUCAAGGUUGAACCAGAUGGAACGGAAUCUUUUCUGACUUUUGCGAAGUAUACAACAAGCUCAGUGCCUGCAUAUUGUACUAUCUCGGCGUUGAAUGUUGCUCAAAACCAGGCCGCAAAUUUUCUAGAUGCUUUGAUGCUGAUUCCGAAAUAUUCGCAUAUUGCCUUCAUUGGUAGUGACGGCAACUUGGUGUCAGUGUCCAAGCCUGGAGUGGCAAACACUGACUCCAUGUUCCACUUCUUCUGCGACUUCCAGUAUUUCAGUGGUUCGUUGACUCCGUUUGAGUUCGUGCCCGGUGAAGAGUUCUAUGGUUAUGCCUCACUACGGAAUGACGGCCUUCUCGCUAUUCUACCGACAAUGACACUAGCGCGAAUCAGUAGAGAGACUUCCGAGUUUUCUGCAGAUGCAGCACGAUGUGAUCUAGUCCAAAAGACAGUCUACUCCCUUGACCAAGGAGCUCUUUUUCUGGAGAGUCUGAGCCUAAACGAAAAAGUGAUCAGGUUUGGACUCACUCAUGCAGACGGAAGCCCAAUCUGCUAUUCCAGGAUUUCUGGAUCUUGGAAACACCAUGUAUACGGCUGUGAGAACCCAUAUAACCACUACUUCUGCAAAGAUUCAGAAGCAAAUCUAACCGGUCAUGAGGUGACCUCACUCUACGACAAUUACGUCACGCUUUUCAGCCGCCACGCGCCUGGACCAUAUAUGGCUACUGAUGGUCAAUACGGAUUCCUGUAUAAUGAUAUAGGAAUCUACUCAAUGCUGCCAACCGAGACGAUUCUGAAAUUUUCGACCGAGAAGUCAAGUUUAUCGAACGUUCCCUGUGACUCGCCUUCGAACUUGUUUUCAACCGAUGACAUUGGCAAUGAGCUGGUUGAACUGCUUGACCCCUUGCCAUACGUAGAGGUCCUUUCGCUGAAGAAUGCAGAUGGCGAGUGGAGAUGUUGGCAAAAUCAACCGGUUGUCCAAGAUGGAUUCAAUGGCUCACCCAUUAUCGUCUACGAGUGGAUUCAAAGCGACCAAGCUUGUCAGUCAGAUUAUAGUUCAUUCCUUUGUCCCUUUAACCCGACGAACCCGGCUGACCUCGACGCAAUCAACAAUGAAUUGCUAUUAAUCAGACGCGCUCUGCACGAAGCAAAAGUGAGAAUUUUGCCCAGUGAUGCAGGGGCUGGUUUCUACCAUUACGGAGAUGAUGUAUACGCUGUUUAUCCGUUCUUGACAACGGCAAGGCUGUUGAUUAAAGUCACUGUAGUCACUGUCUCGUGCAACUACUACCCGGCCUUCUUUGACUCGGUGAAAACUUUUGAGCUUGUCACUCUUCUGGACAGGGAUCCAAGUGAACUGGUGAUUUUGCCUCUGACAGAUGGCCAAUGGGUCUGCUACAACUACAAUAAUGCAAGCAACGCUUGGGAGCUGGUUCCGGACGGUUGUUACGACGAGGGCUUGGAAAUUACUGUCUUUUGCGCCGAAAGCGUGACCGAGUCAGAUUCGGACUUGAUGCGACAGAUCUACGAAGACUUCUUCGAGAUUCCCACCUUCCUCUAUAUCACCCUGACAACUGACCCCAGUUUCAAAUUGGUACCUGUUCCCGAUGAAGUGAACGUGUUUGGGUAUGUUCCGGGAAGAAAAUUUAUGGCAGUUCAAGCAGAAGCUCUCCGACUUAAUUCAAUUCUUUGUGAGACUGAGUUUUCUGUGACUGGGACUGCUAUGGCUGAAGAGAUCAUGCAAAGUGUAGGAAUCGAUACCCAACAACCCGAAGUGAACAAAAUUGCCAUGAAAGACCAAACUGGUUCCUGGAUAUGCCUGCUGAUAAAUGCAGCGUCGGCAUGGGAAGCGGCACCUUGCGAUGGUUCCCACUACUUCCACUUCUGUGAUGCUACAGUGUUCGACCCCCUGCACACCCAAAUGAACAUAUUCAUGAAAUCACUCUAACUCAUUGUGUGCUUACUACUGGUGGAAGCGGGCACAGUUUUAUUUAUCGUUUAAUCGGUAUCUUCUAGAAAAUUUGAGAAAAAAAACUAAGAAAAAAAUGACGUUUGAAAGGCAUCCACCAAUCAAAAUCGGGAAUGAGGGGGGCAUUAACUUAAUGGCCCCCCAGCAUUUUAUACCUAAAAAGUUCAAGGAUCAAAACUUAGAAGACGUAAAACAAAUGACGUUUCCGAAUUUGAUUCCAUACAAUCCAUACAAACGGUGUGAAAUAGUUCUCAAGAGUCAAGUUAUGAAAUCGGUUAAUCGGUUAUAAACCACUUCUAUCUCUGAUGGUGUGACAUUCAUCUCAUCUCAUACAACAUAAAAUUGUAAACAUAAUUGCACAAACAUAACUAUAUUGACGAAACAAAAGAAAUUUAAAA